UUACCUAUAAAUUUCAUUCUUUCUAUGUUGCCUUUUGCCACCCAACUUCCAUUUGUGAAUUUCUCCAUCAAACUAAACUCUAAAAGCUAAACCCACUUCUCCAAUUUCACUCAAUUUUGUAGAUUUUCAAUAAUCUUUCAGUUUUUUUUAUCCCCAAAUCUAUCUGGGUAUAUGAAAAAGUAAAUAAAAAUCGAAUCUUUUUCAGCUGUGUUCUCCUCCAUCGCAUCAGGUGAAUCUUACUACAAUCUUUAGCCUUAUGUUGUUCAUAAAUAUAAACAAUCUCUGUAACGAUUUUUCACGGAUUCAAUGAACAAGACUGAUCAUGCACCUGAAACACCAACACUUAAAAUCAAGGCGUUCUUUGAAUCAGCUCCACCACUAAAAGAUGCUGCUGAAAUAGAGACAAAACUGAAGGAAUUUGUCGACCGGAAUUCAUCAUCAGAGAAUGGAAAAGCAAAUAGGGUGGUGUGUGUGACUUCUGGCGGUACAACUGUUCCUUUGGAGAAACGAUGUGUUCGCUAUAUUGAUAACUUUAGCUCUGGUCAUAGAGGAUCUGCUUCCACAGAGUACUUUUUGAAGGCUGGUUAUUCUGUCAUCUUUCUGUAUCGUAGGGGAACCUGCCAGCCAUUUUGCAGAUCACUACCUGACGAUCCAUUGCUCGAGUGUUUUACUUCAACUGAUGAUUCAAGUAUUCAAGUGGACCCAUCGCAUGCUGAAGUGGUGAAGAGAGCCAUUGCUGAAAAUCGUUCGGCAGUUAAUGGCGGUUUCCUGUUGAAAUUACCGUUUACAACAAUUUUCGAGUAUUUACAGAUUCUUCGGAUGAUAGCUGUCUCUUUAAGGAGCCUUGGUCCUAGUGCUAUGUUCUAUCUUGCAGCUGCAGUUUCUGAUUUCUAUGUACCAUGGGAGAGCAUGACGAUGCAUAAGAUCCAGUCAGGAUCUGGUCCCUUGGAUAUGCGACUUGCUCAGGUACCGAAGAUGCUUUAUGUUCUUAGAAAUGAGUGGGCACCUGUGGCUUUCUGCAUAUCUUUCAAGCUGGAGACAGAUACAGAUAUCCUUUUAGGGAAGGCUGAUAUGGCCCUCAAAAAGUACAAGAUGCAUAUGGUGGUAGCUAAUGAACUUCAAACUCGUAAAGAGGAAGUUAUAGUUGUCUCGGAGCAGGAAAAAAUCACAGUUCGUAGAGACACAACUCAGCCUGGGGCUGAUGUCGAAGAUCCAUUGAUUAAGCUUGUUGUGGACAGACAUUCAGCAUAUAUCAAUGCAUGAUCUCUUGUACACCUGACUUCUUUGAGGGAUUGUAUUACAUCUGUGCAACAAUUAUGUAACCUAUUGAUGAGUCUUUUCUUUUUCUUGUUGAAGAAUUAAGCUUUGUGCACGAAUAAGGCGCUGUAUUACUGAAUAAAUUAUAAGUUAUGUUCUUCAGUGUUGGCUCUGAUUCUUGCUGUUCCCAUGUAAAAGUUAGCAGAGCACCAUUUACUCCUUUUUCUCUGGGC